CACACAUAUACAUGUAUAUAUAUGUAUAAUGUGUAAAUAUACGCCAUACACUCUAUAUAUAUUUGAGAGACCAGGAAAGAUGAUGACACAUUUAGCAAAGGUGCGGAAUAUACAAUAUUGACUGUUUUGCCUUGGGAAAUACCAUCACAUUAUUGUUUUAGUACCAAGGUUUGGUAUGUUAAAUGAUUGAGUAAAGUUCAUCAGAAUGUUUAAAGUGGCAGCUAAGCUUGUCCACAUCACCAAUGGUGGGGUGAGGGUGGCCAGAGGGGCGGUGGGGACCUAUACCAGAUAUGCCUACUUCUCUUUGACGGACAGAAAAGGGAGACAAUCCAGUGAUGGCUCCCUCAAAAAUAUCAAGCGAUAUGAACCAAAGUAUGAUUUAGAAUACGACACUCCAGAGGAUUAUCUCUUGUCACAGUGGACCAGCAACCCUUGGCCUUACCUGUACUACCGCCUACUCAUGGCAUGUUAUUUUGUGUUUAUGGUAUUCUACACAGCCAUUGUGGGGACUCUGAAAGCCAAAAUGUUAAUCAUGCUGACCUACUGGUCAUUCUACCUACUAACAGCCUGUCAGAUCCUCAGGGCAGCUAAUGUGUGGCAUUACAUACAGCUGAGGAAAUCCAACCAUGAUAUUCCGGAGAAAUUGAAGAGUAGCCGACGGAUCAAACUUCAGUGGGUGCUGUACAAUCUCAGUGCUGGCAGUGCCCCAAUAGUCACCUUCCUGUUUUGGACUAUUGCUUAUGAUGGAUCAGGCGUGACCUUCAUCAACUGCUCCACUCACGGUGCUAAUGCUGCGGCAGUCUUCCUGGAUCUGUGGAUUACUCGGAUGCCAAUGCGAAUGAUGCACAUGGUUCAUUCUGUGUAUUUCGGAUUGAUUUAUAGUGCCUUCUCUAUAAUUUACUGGUACCUAGGGGGAACCAACCAAUAUGGAGAACCAUUCAUCUACAAAGUGCUCAACUAUGGGGAAUCCCCUCUCAAAGCAAUGUAUUACAUAAUUGCCAUUAGUUUUAUAGUGGCCCCCAUGAUUCACAGCAUGUUUUUCCUGUUAUAUAGGUUAAGGCUAUUUCUCCAUCGAUUUUUGAAAGUGAUGGAUAAGAGGCAUAAGGUAGAAACAGAUUAAAAUGUUUUGAUAUUAAUCUGAGUUUUUUGGAUAUUAUGUGCCAAUUUUAAUACAUGCCAGCAAACUUUUCUGUGUUAUUUUAUGUGUGUGUCCAUAUUAAUGGUUGAGUUUUGGUUCUAGUCUGGAUUUUAGUACAUUGUUCAGGGUAUUGUACGAGAUCAGAUUUUAGAGGUAUGGCUGAAGCAUAUUGCGACAUAUCAUGAUACCCUGAGACUGUAUCACGAUACAUAUUGCAGUUUAUUAUAUACUUUUAAUUUCAUCUCUUCUUUUUUUUUUUAAAAGUUUGCGGGCAUAUAUCACACGAUAUAUGCCUGGAAACAUUCCGGCCCGCAAACAUUACGUCACAAUCAAAUUUCUACGCUGUUAAUUUUCAAAUUUUUCGUGUUUUUCAUCUUUUACUCAGUUAAACCGAUAAAGUUAUUGUUAAAAAUAAAAUUAUUGUUAGUUUCUAAAUGAAAUUGAAAGUAUAUAAUAAAAAGGUUAUACACUUUGUAUGGGAAAUAUGACGCAAGCUCGGUCCGUCUACGCGCCAAAAAACUCGGUCCUCAUAUUUUCCCAUACAAAGUCUAUAACCUAUAAGUAUCACUUUUCAUAAUUUAUUAAAUUUUGUCUAUUGAGACAAGUUACACUGUAGUUUAUCGACAAAAAAUGCAAGGAUAGGAGAUUUGUUAAUAUUUUACGAAGUACAAACAUUUAAUUAAUUCUGAAACACAACAUAAAUGAAUUUUAAAAAUCACAUUAAUUAGGUUUGUUUAAAAAAGAAAUAACAAAAUAUGUCAAACGACUAGAUUUUUUACUAUUGAAAUUGAAAUUGUCCUGAACUCUGAUUAAAUGAGGUAGUGUACAUUUUAAAAGUGUUUUGGUUAUCUUUUGAAACAGUUUUGUUCUUCAGUAAAUAUUAAAUUAAUGAUGAAAAUGUGAUAUAUCGUGGUACACGGGUAUACAAUUUUCAUACUGCAAUAUGGUACCAGUUUUUUUGUGUAUUACAGUAUAUCAUUACACUCACAAAUUUUUUUUGUAAACAAAUAUUGAACCUAUCCAGCAUUCCAAAUAUUUCCAAUUUAUGAUAUUAUAUGGGAACAGGUAGAAGAUUCAUUAGGUUUGGAAUUUUGUUUUAUGUACUUGUAUAAGUUGAUAUAUUCAGAAUGAGUGUGUAAUUAUUUUCAGCAGCUGAAAUUGAGAUACAUAUAUAUUUUGAUAUGUAUAUUAAUUGACAAGGGUGCUUUGUUUAACAUUCAGGUACACUUUGAUAUAGGUAGGAACAUUGCUUUUAAAAUGUGGUGUGAUAAAGAAAAAAAUUAUGUGAUGUAUGUAAGAACUAGAAAUGCUUGAGAAAUGGUAUAUGUAGGGUUAUUUAAGGUCACUGUAUGCUUUAUUUAGGAAUAAAUGUCAAGGUCCUGUGUGUUAUGGAGGUAUACAGACAAUGGAAGCUCAUGGUAAUAUAAAUAUUUCCACAUAAUGCCAUUGCUUUUUAUAUCCUCAAUAAUACAAACUAGACAUAUAUUCCACAUAUUUAUAUUUUAUAAUGCUUUUAGAAAUAUUCCAUCAUAUGUAUAUAUUUUGAAAUGUAAAAACUGUCAAUAAAUGUCAACAGUCAAGUACUAUGCAGAAAUGUUUAAUAGGCUGUAACGGUUACAUUUUAAUGGACAAGUACUAGGGAGAAGAAAAUUAGAUAUUUAAAUACUGGAGUAUUGUUAGGGUACCAAGUUUUUGAAAAUUGUAGUAUAUGUUUUCCUUAUUUACUGUGAUCAUUUCGGUUUAAAUGUAACAUGAAUGUGAUUUAUUUUUUGUAAUAACUAGAAGCAAGUCAAAAAAUAAGAGUUAUCUCCCUCUGAAUAGAGGUUGAACAAUGCAUGAGCAAAAUUAAAAGUUUUUUAUAUUAUACUCUUUCCAUUUUUCCCAUUGUUUAUCACAACAUGAGCAAAAACACAUUCAUAAUUUUCUGAUAAAUUUAAAUGACAUGAAGAUGGAUGGAUUCCGUAUGAUUUCCAUUAUAAUUUUCAGGUGUAUCAGCAUUAAAUUCAAUAUUUAAAAAUUAGGGGACUUGAAAUCUCUAUCAAACUUUAUUGCUUUAAGUGUCCAACAUUGCUUUCUCUUUCUGACCCCCAGUAUCUACAUGAGGAACCAAUUUUAAUCUGUUCACACAAUUUCUGAUUCGUACUGAUGAGUAAUUUACCAAAACUUGUACUAGUUGAAUCCAAACAUUUUAAACACCACAGACUAUAAUUCUCCUAAAAUCCUGUCAUAUUUUUAUUGUGGUGAUGGCUUGAUUUCCAAGUAAAUUUUCUUGCACAUUUCAUCCAAUUAUGGAAAUUUAGAGAAGGUGAUGGGUCAUUGGAAGUGAAUGAAAUGAAAUACCCCAAAUUGAACACAGAAUCAGCAAUUUGUAGAAAAUAAAAUAUCCACUCUUACAAGCAUUGCAUGUGUUCUUUGUUAAUAUGUUGUGAUAUGUUUAUUGGUGUUUUCCCCCAAAAAAGAGCAAAAUCCCAGUUUGGUUCAUUUAUUGUUGUUCUGUUUAGAGGAUUUUCUAACUUUUUUAAAAAUUAGAUGGUAUUUUAUUUCAAUGCAAUGCCUAUUAUGAUUCAGUUGUUAAUAAUUGCAUAUACUGAAAUUAACAUUAUCAUCUAUAGGUAUGCAAAUGAAUAAUGUUGAUAUCUUACAGUAUUUUUCUCCUUCAUUGAUCUAUAUGUUGAUAAUGCUCACAUUUUUAUCUAGAAAGUAUUAGUACAGUUUAAAGUAUUUUGAUAUUGAAAUUAUUGAUAAAAAGAAUGAUGUGAAAUUUAUCGUCAGGUUUGAAAUAUCAAAGUGAAGUUUGAAUGAAAGGGAUUAUGUUUUCUAACACCUUCCUAGACAGUAUAUUUUUAUACUAUGGGUAUACUGGUAGUUCAAGGGUUGUAUUUUUCCUGUUCAGUUAAAAUAGAACAAAAUAUUUGCACUCAAUCUAAUUAAGCGGAUCUAACAUCUAAUUUUAAUUAGAUUGUAUUUGCACUGAAUGCAAGGAUCUUUGGGAAAAUACAAUUUUUUGCUUCACUUGAUAAUGCAGAUACAUGUAAUGUUAAUGAAAGAUAACUUAUUCCUAUAUACUGUAAACGACUACACAAAAAUUAUGCUCUAUCAACAUAGCUAGCAUUUAAAAUAGCAAUCGAAACAUGUAUGAAAAUCAACAUUAUAACGUUGUUUGAGGAUUGUGUCUGGGUAUUGUAAUUGUAGAAGUGUUUUGUGGUCAAUCUGAAUUAAAAUUAGAUCGUAUGAUCUGCUCAUCUACUAUCGCUACACAUGGUAGAUGAGUGGAUCAUAGGAUCUAAUUUUAAUUAGAUUGGUUUUGUGGUAUGCUUUAUGUAGAUUUUGGACAGGGCAUUGAUGAAAUGGGUAAUUUUAAAGUGUAACAUUUACCCUUCCCAUAAUUCUUUUAACAUUAUUUUGCUUUAGUUCAAAGCUUUAUGUAAAUUUCAAAGUGAAUUCUACAUAUCUUAUUUGGAGUUUGGGAUCUGAAAUUGUAAAAGAUCUGUUCUUUUGAGUAAACGUUUAAUUCACUUUUUUUCUUUCUUUUUUUGUAUUGAUUUAAAAUUUAUGUAUUGUGGAUUAAAGGUUUAGAUAUGAGAUCCCAUAAGAUACAUACACGACACAUUGUCACAAUGACUGUAAGAAUAUCCUACUGGGUCUCAGGUGCAUAAUAUUAAUCAUUAAUAUUGUUUACAUUUGCACUUUGCUAAUAAAGUAUGUCAAAGCAUAAAAGCCA